UGGAGGUUAUGUUUACUAAUAAACGCUAAAAAAUGAGAUGAGGAGUGAUGGAAUCUGACGCAAUGAGGACUGAUCUAUUUGUCCUCGAUAAUAGAAAAAUAAGAACAAAAUGAAAGAUCAUUGAUCAAUAUUCGUUCGCUGACUGUUUUUAACAACAUAUGUAGUUAAACAUUUUAAAAAAUUGUUACUAAAAUCAAAACAUUCAUUGUACAAGUUAACUGUAUACUGAAAUAGUAAUUAAGAAAUAGUUUUAAUUAGACUGUUGCUAGUAAUAUUUCUUUUAAUUUUGCAAAACUAUACACAGUGAUUACAACAAAUAACAUUUUGUAAUUAUACAAGAUAAAUACAUUAUUGCUAUUGAUAUAUUACUUUGAAAAAUGCCCGAUAUUAAAGUUACUCCUUUGGGAGCUGGCCAAGAUGUUGGAAGAAGUUGCAUUCUGGUUUCAAUGGGUGGAAAGAAUAUCAUGUUAGAUUGUGGUAUGCACAUGGGUUUCAAUGAUGAAAGACGAUUCCCAGAUUUCUCAUACAUAGUUCCAGAAGGUCCAGCCACCAAUCAUAUUGAUUGUGUGAUUAUUUCACAUUUUCAUUUAGAUCAUUGUGGUGCUUUACCAUAUUUUACAGAAAUGGUAGGUUAUACCGGUCCAAUUUAUAUGACACAUCCAACAAAAGCUAUUGCUCCAAUAUUGCUUGAAGAUAUGAGGAAAGUUGCAGUGGAGCGUAAGGGAGAAAGCAAUUUCUUCACUUCACAAAUGAUAAAAGAUUGUAUGAAAAAAGUUAUAGCUGUUACAUUGCAUCAGUCUGUAAUGGUUGACUCAGAACUAGAAAUAAAAGCGUAUUAUGCAGGACAUGUUCUUGGUGCUGCAAUGUUUUGGGUUCGUGUUGGGUCACAAUCAAUUGUAUAUACUGGUGACUACAAUAUGACUCCUGAUAGACAUUUAGGUGCUGCAUGGAUAGAUAAAUGCAGGCCAGAUUUACUAAUAUCAGAAUCAACAUAUGCAACAACUAUCAGAGAUUCAAAAAGAUGCAGGGAAAGAGAUUUCCUUAAAAAAGUUCAUGAAUGUAUAGACAGAGGUGGAAAAGUAUUAAUUCCUGUAUUUGCUCUUGGACGUGCACAAGAACUUUGUAUACUAUUAGAAACAUACUGGGAGCGAAUGAAUUUAAAAGUCCCUGUAUAUUUUGCUCUAGGAUUAACUGAAAAAGCUAAUAAUUACUACAAAAUGUUUAUUACUUGGACCAAUCAAAAAAUUAAGAAAACUUUUGUACAACGUAAUAUGUUUGAUUUUAAACACAUAAAACCAUUUGACAAAUCAUAUAUUGAUAAUCCUGGAGCUAUGGUAGUGUUUGCUACUCCAGGAAUGUUACAUGCAGGACUGUCGUUACAGAUUUUUAAAAAAUGGGCUCCAAACGAAGCGAACAUGGUUAUUAUGCCUGGAUUCUGUGUUCAAGGUACUGUUGGACACAAAGUAUUGAAUGGUUCCAGAAGAAUUGAAUUUGAAAAUCGACAAAUCGUAGAAGUUAAAAUGGCAGUAGAGUAUAUGUCUUUCUCUGCGCAUGCUGAUGCCAAAGGUAUCAUGCAAUUAAUACAGUACUGUGAACCGAAAAAUGUUAUGUUGGUGCAUGGAGAAUUUGCUAAAAUGGAGUUCUUAAAAGAGAAAAUAAAACAAGAGUUUGGAACCAAUUGUUACAAUCCUGCAAAUGGAGAAACUUGUAUUAUCACAACCAUUUCCAAAGUACCAGUCGAUGCUUCUUUAGCAUUGUUAAAAGCUGAAGCAAAAAGAUAUUCAGCUUUGCCACCAGAUCCUAAAAGACGAAGAUUACUUCACAGUAUUUUAAUGUUACGAGAAGACGGAGCGUGCCUCGUGGAUGCCGAUGAGGUGACAAAAGCAGCAGGUAUAACAAAACACGUUGUACGUUUUACAUCUACCGUUCAAGUAAGGGAUCCCGGUCCAGCACAAUCGACAACCUUAAAAUUAUUACAACCAUUGAAGGAAAGAUUAUCAGGUUGGACAGUUCAGUUAACAGAUGGAUCAAUAUCUGUUGAAUCUGUUUUAGUGAAAGUAGAAGGUGAUGAAGAUGAUCAAAAAAGUGUAUAUGUUUCAUGGACAAAUCAGGAUGAAGAUUUAGGUAGUUACAUUCUAGGAUUUUUACAAACUAUGUUGAAUUAAGUAACAAUAUUAUUACUUACAUUAAGAACAUAAACGAUAAAAUAACUAUUAAAUAACAUGCUUACAACCUGUGAUAGUGCUGCAGUAGAUAUAUACAUAUUAUUUUUAUAACAAGUAAAAAGAGUAAUAUCAUUAACUUUUGUUUAUAUGUAAAUUUAAAAAAGAAACAAAUUGUAAAUUUCCCCAAAACAUACAAUAAAUAAUAAAAUAUA